AUGUCUAACCUGUUCCUAACCUCGUUGGCCGCCGCGGACUUCUUAGUAGGACUUGUUAUAGACCCAGUGUGGUUAGUGGUAAGAUGUUUGGGUUAUAAUCCUAAAACCUACUUCGAAACCUUCGGUAGGAGUAUAGAUUAUCUAUGGAUCCACACUACUGUGGCAACAACAUUUAACUUAUGCUGUGUUAGCCUGGACAGGUACGUAGCCAUCAUUCAUCCUCUGCGCUACCACAAUUUUCUCACCAAAAGAAGAUGUUAUUUACUGAUAGCUGAUGUAUGGUUUAUGUCCCUCGUUCUACCCUGCUCAAGGUUCAUGGUUCAGGAUAAAAAAGCUUUAUCGACAUUGUAUCUAUCUUUUACAGUUAUGACAAUAUUAUUUCCUAUGUCUAUAAUAGUGUUCUGUUCUCUUCGAAUUUUAAAAGUUGCUUUAGUACAUUACAAUAGCAUAAAACCGACGAGCAGCUGUCCGCAGAAUCAAGACGUUAUUAGAAGAAGUAAAAAGAACUACAAAGCUGCUAAAACAGUUAGUAUCAUAGUGGGGCUAUUUGUGGUUUCCUGGUUGCCGAGUCUCAUCACUGGUUUGGCGCACUAUUUCAGCAACCUAGUGUCUUACGACUCAGUUUACUACACUGUGUGGUUAUCUGUUGAAACAGUGGCAUUUACUUCAUCGGCAAUCAACCCAUGGGUGUAUUGUUUGCGAAACGACGAGUUCUAUGAAGCAUUAUCACGCACAUUUCGAUUUCUUAAAAGACGAUAAUUUGGAAAAAUGUUUCAUGUACAACUCAGAGACUGCACAAACGUGUGGACAUUUCUUGAAAUAAUGGCGUUUAAUUGAUCUGCAACCAACUCAUGGCUUUAUUGUUUGCAUAACGACGAGUUCUAUGAAGCAUUAUCACGCACAAUUCGAUUUCUUAAAAGACGGUAGACUGACCCUAUGAAGUCAUAUCGCACAAUGCAAUAACUUUUUUGUUCAAAAAAGUAAAAGUAGCUUGGUAAAGUGGUAAGCUGUUUUGCCAACCAUGAAUAUUGGUUGUUUUCAUGGUUGGCAAAACAGCUGUUGGCUCUAAAUUAAGUUUGUUGUCAAAACUCGAAGUGCUUGUCACUUGUCAAUUGAAGAAAUUUCCGUAAACCAUUAAGCCUACAAAUAAUAAUUUCCUAGUCAAUUAUUCUAAGUAAAGUCUUAAUUCUAACAGCUAACUUUAUAUUUGGGUGGAAUUAACUUGCGCUUUUCAGAAAAGUUUCCGGCGAUUUUAUCUUGUAUAGGGUAGUUUUUGGGGACUUACGAUAAUGUCUAUAAUUCGUCUGGGUGCUGAAGCACUAGAUGUAUCACUACGAAACCUAUCUUUGUUAUUUCAAUCAGUUAUCUAGAAAAACUGCUACUUGUGAAAUACCAUGUGCAAGAAAUACACGGGAAGCAUUUAUUACCUUUUAAUUUGCUCGACAAAAAGACGCUUUCGUCACAAACAGAUAAUUAUUCAGGUAUAAAAUAAAUAAAGGGGAGCUGAGUAAACAACAAGUCAAAAUCAUGCGAAGAACGUUUGCUGAGUUUUAAAAUUCAAAUUUACCUCAGAGUGAUAUUGACAAGCACAAGCCGUGGGCGGUCGCUCCUCUUUCCUUUCGAUAGUUUGUAGGAUUCGUCAGAGUUUUAGCCAGAAUUUAGAGCGUUUUUUGGGAUCUACACUUGUUAACGAUUUAGAUUUUUCCGGCGAUACUUCACUCAACUAAAUUCACAAAAGGGGUAGUUAAUGAGGUCAGAAAAUAUCUGUUUUGUGAACGGAGGUGUUUAUCUGCGCUCGUACAUGAUCAGUGAGAAUGAUUUAAAUAAAUGAGAAAGAUAAAAGGAUCUUUAGUAAAACAUGACUUAUAGCAGGUGAAUUUUAGAUUCCCACUAAUGAUAUGUGCUUUUAUAAAUUGAUCAUCAGAUAUCAUGUUGAUCUAAAAAACGCCAUUCAUAUGGCACCAGCAUUACCAAAGAAAUUGCAAGAAAGGAAGGGAAGAUAUGGAAAAACCUUGAAAACCUUAGAUGUCUAACAGUACACUUCUAAAGAAGAAAUAAAGAGCUCAAAGUAAAUAAAACGGCGCUCCAAUAUAUUUUAAUUGUCGUAGCGAUCUUGGCACUUUUACGAUUGGUGUCUCAUGAUAAUUCACUCAUGUAGUCUUUAGACUAUCACAUAAUUUUUCAUCACUUGUACGAACUGUUGCAAAAACUUCAAAAUGAAAUAUUUCUUCUUGACUGGGAAUUCACCUUUUCACUCGAGAGGGGAUGGAUUUUUCACUUGGCAUGACUGUACUUCUUUUGUGCUACAAUUGACUAUUAUUUAAUGCUCGACGUUUUGACGGGCGAAAACAAAAGCAUUCGACUCACUGAGUUAGUUAAUAAGAAAAUCGACGCGUUGACAGCUUACAUGGACGAAAGCAUAGCAACUAGAGGUUGAAGGUGAUUCACCACCCAGACAUUGGCUUGAAAACCGGCCACCAGUGUUUCUUUAAUAAUUUAUUAAGUUCUUCGGUGUUGAUCUUUUCCUAUUGGGCCAAACAAUAUGCGAAAUAUAUUAAAAGUGUUUUAAAUCCAUAAAUUGUUCGUCAUCUAAUAUCAGAGAAGAACUCACGCCAAGUCAGCGGAAUUGAAAAGACGCCUUUGCAAUAUGAACAGCACCAGUGAAGAGUUUAACCAAGAAGAAAGGAUCAUUUUAGCAGCCUGGUUCAGUGUCACAGGUCUGGUGGCCGUAAUUGGAAACACUGUUGUCUUAUGGUUGAUCGCCAGAAAUCAUUCCCUCAGAAUAAUUUCGAAUUUUUUCAUUGCUUCAUUGGCUGUGGCGGACUUGUCGGUAGGACUUGUUAUAAACCCUGUAUGGGCAACGGCCAGGUGCAUCAAUUAUGACGAAGACAGUUAUCUGAAAACUUACGGUAAAGCUAUUGAUUAUCUGUGGAUACACACCACUGUAGCUACAACGUUCAACCUAUGCUGCAUUAGUCUGGAUAGGUAUAUUGCCAUCAUUCAUCCGCUCCGCUAUCAAGAGCUUCUUACUAACACGAGAAGUUAUCUUAUCAUAGCUUCUGUAUGGGUCUUGUCGUUUCUUCUCCCCUGUUCAAGGUUUUUUGUGAGAGAUGAUUCCAUUGAGUUGUGGUUGUCUUUUACAAUCAUGACAGUGUUAAUUCCUAUGAUCGUCAUUGUGUUCUGUUCCAUUCGAAUAUUGAAAGCCUCUGCGACGCAGUCCAGGAGAAUAAACGUUGUUACUUUACAGAAUCAAGAAUCCGUGAACAGACGAAAACAGAACUUAAAAGCUGCUAAAACAGUUAGUAUUGUGGUGGGGCUAUUCGUUGUUUGCUGGCUGCCGAGUCUAGUGACUUCUUUCACUUAA